AAGGAGAAGGAGAAGAAGGGUUGUAUGAAAGGGUUGGUGUGUCAGAAUUCAGAAUGAGCAUCUGGUCGGAGUUCUUGGAAAGCAGUUGGGGGACGGAGUUUGUCGCCGGAGGAAUCGGCGGCAGCGUCGGCGUUUUAGUCGGACAACCGCUGGACACCGUGAGAAUCCGGCAGCAGCAAGCGAAAAAUGGCUCAUCGGCGGUCGCCAUUUUCCGGCAGAUCGUUGCCAGGGAAGGUCCCGGGAGUCUCUUUCGAGGAAUGCUAGGCCCUUUAGUUUCCAUCAGCUUUCAGAACGCCGUCACGUUCCAAUCCUACAACACCCUAUCCCGUUCCCUCAACUCCCGGACCUCCACCCCAGACGAGCCCUCUCCGUACACCACCGUCGCCCUCGCCGGCGUCGGCUCCGGCGUCGUUCAGAGCGCCCUCAUCUCCCCAAUCGAGCUCGUCAAAAUCCGGCAGCAGCUCCACCCGCCGUCUCCCGGCGGCGCCCUCCGCCAAAUCCUCCAAUCCCACGGCAGCCGCGGCCUGUUCCGCGGCCUCGCCGCCACCGUUCUCCGCGACGCGCCGGGCCACGGCAUGUACUUCUGGGCCUACGAGUACCUUCGGGAACGCCUCCAUCCAGGCUGCCGGAAACACGGCGGCGAGUCGCUCACGACGACGGUGGUCGCCGGAGGCACCGCCGGCGCCGCCAGCUGGCUGGUGUGCUAUCCGGUGGACGUUCUGAAGACGAGAAUCCAGGCGGCGGGGCCGUACACCGGGAUGGUGGAUUGCUGCCGGAAAAGCGUGGCGAGUGAAGGGUACAGUGUGCUUUGGAGAGGGUUAGGGACGACGUUAGGUCGAGCUUUUGUCGUCAAUGGCGUCGUCUUUACAGCCUACGAGACUGCCGUUAGAUGCAUCCAUAGCCAUAGGGAUGAUCAUGCCGCUGUCCGUACACCCAAUGUUGUAUAG